GUAAACUUCAGAGUAAAUACAAUCAACUUAAUGUGUGUUUUAAAGCUCGGUGAAAAGUGAACAUUUUUGUAAAUAUAUCGCUUUAGACACGUUGAAAAAUAUCUGGGAAUGUUCAAGAACGAGUAUCAGGGGGGUGCCGUUGUAGAGGUCUUCAGUGCACAAGGAAAAGAUCCUGUUGCAAAAUGGAAACUUAGCGGCCAGCCGUCAAUAAGUAAGAUGUUUGAUAAAGAAAUGAAAGGUUUUGUGUACAGCCUCGAAGGCAGCAGUCAAACACAUAGGAUGCAGUUACCCAAAGAUGGAAAGAUGCCUCUUCUCCUGAUUCAGAAGUUCCUGGUCCUGCAGGUGAAUGUUCCUCCUGGUAAAGACUUCUCAACUGAGCUUGUUAUAACAGAUCAAGGGCACUUGAAACGAAGGCUUUACUUGUCCACUGUCCAUAAGGAAUUCUCAUCUACCCCUCUGCAUGCCAGAAUACCGCUUACCUGCCUCAGACGAAACAUUUGGUGUAACCUAUGCAUUGACCUGGGCUCAUUCACCACUGAGCUGUUCCGAGGAGCUGUGUUCCUGUCUCUGGAUGGCAUCGUAAUCUCAGCCUGCUGUAAAGUCAGGCGCAUCUUCACCAUGAGGAGUGAACCUGCAGACCAUGUGGACAGAGAUCCUUUUGACAUAAGAAAUGAUCCUACAGAGGAGAUUCCUAAAAGCUGCCAGUUUCCUACCGAGGUUCAGCACAUUACACAGCUAAUAAAUAUGGAAAGACUGAGACAGGCUGAUCUGAGAAGCGUAUCUAUCAGCUCAGAAUCUGAACAGCUGAGCACAGGGAGAGUCACUCGAGGUCCUAAAAACCAGGACUGCUCUCAUAUUGCCUUUGGUUCAAAAGUCACUGGACGGCCUCCUCUCACUGCGAGAAAGGGCAGUUCAUUAGCAAAUGGGACAGAGCACAAAACUCAUUCAGGGAGAAGUGGAAGACUGAAGACACAACCACCAGCUGAACAGGCAUCUUCUGAAAGGACAGGGUCUGGGGGACCAAAGCAGGUUCUUAAUGUACAGAAAGAGAAAAUAGUUACACAUCAGACAGGUAGUCCAUAUUUUCCUGAGACAAUACCCAGAUCUUCAGAAUGCCAUCCUCCAUCUGAUUCACCCCCUGAUUUGCAUAUUUUUGAGAAUGGAAAUGAUGCCACCAGAAGGACUUCAACUCCACUCAGUCUUGAUGAAGCUGAAAAAGAGGAUUGUGAGGAGGUCUUUACUUUUUCUUCAUGUCCUCACUCAGCCAGGAGGGGUCAACAUUUCAGCGUCGCCUUUAAGAGUUUAUCUUCUGACCUUAAAGCUGAUGACCUUGGGUGGGAAAGGGAACGGAAAGAGGCAUGUUUGGAGGAUGACUUCAUAGGGAGUGAGGGUGAAGAGGAUCAGAGCUUCUUUGGAUUCCUCUCUCAAAGAUUUGCAGCACACACCAGUCCUGCUCCUCCUACCCUGGCUUCUGUUCCCAUUCCCAGAUCUACCUCUUCACCCAGGCUUUGCACUGAGCCAACUAAGGCCUCUACUGUUACACAUACAUCCACCCAGUCUUCCUCAGAGGGGUCCCGAAGGACUGAGAUGGUGUGUGUGGCACCGACCCGCUGUCUCUCACCAUGCACUGCCAAACUGUGGAGCAGACAGCAACACUCCAAACCUGAGCAAAGCAGGCCUGAUGGAGAUAUGAGGACAUCCAUUAAUAGAACAUCUGUUCGAGAAAUUCCCCCUGAGGAUGUGAAGCUCCACAAGGUGAGGGAGAGCAUGAGGAGGAUGCCUGUGGGCUCUAGCACAUGUGAUUUAUCUAAGAAAGCAGAGCAGGAGGAGGAUGAAGAAGAAGAGCUGCGGAUGUUAGCUAGUCUAAAAAGACAGCAGGAAGAAGAGGAGGGUGGGACCUGUGACUCAGGCCUCAGUGCAUCACAAGUCCAGCAGUGCAAUGUCAGCCUGAGUAUGAGCAGUGAUGACACUUCUACAUGGACCCAGUGUAUCCCUCUAGCAUCUGAACAGGGCCAGUACUACCAGAAAGAGAUGAAUCCACUUCUCCACUCUAAUCCCAGGGAAUGGAUGGAUGUUCUCAGCCCUCCAAUAAUUCAUCCCAGACAACAGCAGACUGAGAGCAAAGGAGACCACAGCAACAUGUCCACCAAAGGGUCUGUGCUGGAGGAGAACUGCAGUGAGGACGAGUUUCUCAAUCUGCUCUAUGAUUCAUGUUUGAACUGCUACUUUGAUCCUCAGACUGGGAAGUACUAUGAGCUGAUCUAAGUUUGAAGAAAUCACAGAGACGGAUUCAUAUAGUCUGACAAAACCAUAUAUUUCAGAUAUCAUAUAAUAACAGGCACACAAAUCUUUUUUAUUAUUAAUUGUUUCAGCUUUAUUUAGUUUUUUUUUUAACAUUAUUGCAAGACACUACUGGUAGAAAUAGUGAUUUUGGUCAUGUCAGUUAGAUUCUUGGAUUAACUGCAUACAUGUUUUCAUUUUAAAUUGUAGCAAUAAAUAAACUUAACCUUGAAACUGUUUUGUCCACUUUUGAUUCAGGCUUAAGCUAGAAUGGAUACACAUUAAGCCACAUUGUAUUUUUAAAACAUUUCUUCUAUAAAUCACUUUGGUUUUAGAUGACCUGCAUUCAUGAUAUGACAUUUUUAUUUAUAUCCAUAUUAGAAAGAUAUUAAAGAGGAUUUUCCCAAAAUGUUGAUUAAUG